CUUGUCACCAUGUUAAAAAACCCUGGUGAUAGAUUCACCCGGUUCCACACUGAUGGUCCCAUGCCUGACAAUGUUCCCACUGACGAAGGACCAGCAAAGAAAUAUUUCGACACUGAUAGAAAAAUUGCUCGAGACUUUAAGAGAGUCUUCAACCCUGAGGAGGGACAAGAGUCCUUGAGCACUAAGUUUAGGAAAUAUCAGAAAUGGUACACAUUAGAGUACCGUAAAGACCAAAUGACAGUCAUUGGCUAUCAGAGUGCAGUGUCAGACUGCUUCUUCAACAACGGGACCGACUAUAAAGCUUCCUGCAGAGGAGCCUUCGAGGAUUAUAUGGCUUCCUUGAACGUUUUUAAAGCUAAAUAUGGGACAGUGUAGUUUACUAUGCGUUUUGGAGGUUGUCAACCCAAAAUGCAGACAAUGUUGUCAAACUUUAUAAUUGGAGUACGGAAACUCUUGCAAGAAUCGUGAUUCAUGAAUGCAAUGAUAUGCUUAGAGUAAUAAUGAAAUAGGCAUUGCAAAUUUGGCCUUGGAUCAAAUUGAUGCAGUUAGUUUAAAUGAUUAGAUAAUGACAGAAACUUGAGUUGGUCAUUUUGUACAGUAUACUUUAUACAUUAACUUAUUAAAUCUAAUUAUAACUGCAUAUUUAUACAAAAUUUAGACUGAUUCUUGAAUGAUGAAUUGUUCAUUUAGCAGGAAAUGUAAGUUUUAAAAUAAAGGUUUUUCAAAGAAAUACGAGGUGCAGUUUAAGAUAAUAAAACCACAACUUCCCACUAAGACAGGAACAUGGCAGAGUACCUGGCCUCGAUAUUUGGCACCGAGAAAGACAAGGUAAACUGUACCUUCUAUUUCAAGAUAGGAGCCUGUAGACAUGGUGAGACAUGUACCAGGAUUCACAACAAGCCCACCUUCUCCCAGACAAUAGUUCUCUUGUCCAUGUACAAGUCCCCAGCAGCCACUGCUGCGGUGUUGGAUCCUGCUGGCCUCGGAGUAUCCCAAUACUCAGAUACGGAAUUACAGUCACAUUUUGAUACUUUCUUUGAGGAUGUCUUCGUCGAGGUGGAAGAUAAAUAUGGUGAGAUAGAUGAGAUGAAUGUGUGUGACAAUCUAGGGGACCAUCUCAUGGGUAAUGUCUACAUAAAGUUCGUGAAGGAAUCAAGUGCUAAACCUUGUGUAGAGGCUCUCAACAACAGAUGGUACAACGGGGCCCCAAUAAAAGCAGAGUUGUCCCCGGUAACAGACUUCAGAGAAGCGUGCUGUAGACAGUAUGAAAUGGGAGAGUGUACGCGCGCAGGGUUCUGUAAUUUCAUGCACCUCAAGCCCAUCAGUAAGGAUCUUAGGAGAAAACUGUACGGAAGAAAGAUGAAGGAGAUGAGAAGGUCACCCUCAGUAAUGUCGGACGCAUCCUCUUCAGCAGAGAAGAAGAAAAAGAAGAAGAAGAAGAAACAUAAAGCUAACCACAAACUUAGUGGUAGACUUUACAUGUAGUACUGAUAAUAAUUCGGACAAUGCUUCACAUUGCUAAUUAUUAGUGGAUUAGAUGAUCUGGUCCUGGAAUUAUAAGCUCGCGUUAUGUUCGUUUUUAGGAUAUAAUACAAAUUCUUGUUCCGAGCUACCUUUUAUCCAAUGAAAUUAUAGUUUAAUAAUUAUGGGGGAUCCGGAGUUAUAAUUUUUAAGCAUCUGCUCAGGUUUCUUAAAAUCUCUUAAAAUUAUUGAAUUUUCAGCUUUUUGUUUUGCAGUUAUAGCCAUUUUGACUUAGUUUAUUAAAUAUAUAAUAUGUUAAGCUUGUCAUUUGGCAGAUUCCUAAUCUUUUCAGCGGUAUCAUAGGAAUUAAAGUAAACUUACGAUAAACUUUUCUAAGACCGUACCACUGAAAACUGCAGCUUUAGAGUUAAGUUCCAUAUUUGAUUUAUACUAGAAUCUAGGCAAAACAUUCUAAUUUCCUAUAUGAUAUUUUUAUGCUGUUUACAAAAGAUUCUUUGUUA